AGAAAGUGAGGUUAAAAAAAGAAAGGUACAAAAAUGGAGUUUGAAGAGGAAGUAAUGGAGCCUGUGAGUCCUCUUGGACAAUACUGCAAUAGCUCUGUGUUAUCAAUUUCGGUGCUUGUUAUUCUUGAGAUGGGGAUUCCAAUCGAUGAUUCCCAAACAAUGUCACUUCUUAGAGAUGUUUUCCUUCCCAUUCAUCCACGUUUCUCCUCGAUCAUGGUUAAUACAAAUGGAAAGAAACAAUGGAAGAAAGUUGAAGUAAAGCUUGAAGAUCAUGUUAAUGUUCCUAUUUUUCCCUCUGGACUUUCUCUUGAAUCAUAUGAUCGUUAUUUUAACGACUAUUUAUCAAAGAUAGCAAUGGAAAGAUUUCCACAAAAUAGACCUUUAUGGGAACUUCAUAUAAUCAAGUACCCAAAUACAAAUGCAGCUGGUAACGUUGUAUUCAAGCUUCACCAAUCACUUGGAGAUGGCUACUCUCUAAUGGGUGCCCUUCUUUCUUGUUUACAAAGAGCUGAUAAUCCUUCACUUUCCCUCACUUUCCCUUCACGCAAACGCUCUAAAAUGCAAAGUGACAAAGAAAAAAGUUUAUUUUCUUUUGUCCCUCAAAUCUUCUCCUCGGCUUUUAACACUUUAUCGGAUUUUGGGCGGAGCAUCUUAAAGAGCAAUUUAUUUGAAGAUGAUCAAACACCGAUUCGUUCUGGGGAUGAUCGAGUUGAGUUUCUGCCGAUUACAAUUACCACCGUGGCUUUCUCUCUUGAUAAGCUCAAACUAAUUAAGUCCAAGCUCGGAGUGACAAUAAACGAUGUGAUUUCAGGAAUAAUAUUCUUGGGAACUCGCUUAUACAUGCAAGAGAUUAACCAUGAAUCGAUAAAGUCGGAAUCCACAGCAUUGGUGGUGCUGAAUACAAGGAUGCGUGGAGGGGAUUACAAGUCAGUGAAGGAGAUGUUGAAUCCUGAAACCAAAAUGCCAUGGGGAAAUCGAUUUUCUUUUUUGCAUGUAGAAAUACCAACGUUGAGUGAAUUUACAAAUCCUAUUGAUUUUGUUACGCAUGCACAUCGCCUUAUCAAAAAGAAGAGAAGCUCUUAUGCUGUUUACCUCAAUGGUUUGUUAUUGGAGUUACUGCAGGUAGCAGCUCGAUACGUCACCAAAACAUUAAGGAGCUCAAGUAUGACAAUUUCAAAUAUGAUUGGCCCUGUUGAAGAAAUGAGUUUGGCUAAUCAUCCUAUUACGGGCUUUUACUUUGUUGGGGCUGGUUUACCUGAGGACCUUGGCAUAACAAUUGUGAGCUACAUGGGAAAGCUUAGAGUUGCCUUUAGAAUGGCAAAAGGGCAUAUUGAUUCACAUAAGCUCAAGUCAUGUGUGGAAAAUGCCUUUGAGACCAUAUUUGAAGCCUCAAACAAACUUCCCAGCUACUAAGAAAAUUAAAAUUAUCUAGUUCUUCCUCUUAUGUUUGCCGAAUCUUAAUUUAGGGACUAAAUUCCAAUUGAUGAAAUUUUAUGGGUGAUGGAACAAAUCGCUUUUUUUAUUUUUA